UUUUUUAUGCAUAAAACUGUCCUUUUAAAAACAAUAAUUUAGCAUUUUUUCCUUCUUCAAAGUACACAAACAAUUCCUUUACAAAGAAAAUAUUUGGGAAACUCAAGGCUUCUCUGUGGGGGGGACCAAAAGAGUUUCAAGGGUGACCAUUCCCCUAAGAUAGCAUCUCCUAAUGCACCACUGUUUUAGAAGCAACAAGUUAAUUAAGUUUAAAAUGACAUUCUUAACAAUAUUUUGUACUUACUUACCUUUACUCAUACUCUUUUACUAUUUUAGUUUCUCACCUGUAAGCUAACUUGUAGGUUUUCCUGGCUUAAAUGGAACACAGAACAAAACAGGCAGUCGUAGGAGUCGUGACUUUGUAGUUAUAUCACUUCCAAAACAACAAUACCCAGAAUGCCAUGCUGUUACUUUGGUAACCUCUUUUUUUCCACGUGCAUCCACCGCUCGCGCUGCUGCUAACCUCAAUGAAAAGCUGCCAAUGACCGGAACAAACCAUUUCACAACACAAGCGGGGGGGUGGCCGCGGUGAGCAGAAGUACAGGAAACAGAGAAGAGCUAAGCGACUGAGCGGGUCGGCGCAGACAAAAUGGUCAGGGGUGUGUGCGUGUCGCUACCGGAGCCAGUCAUGGCCGACAAACUGGCUUCAGUCGACCAGCCGCUGAAGAAGUUCCCUGCUGUGGGACUCCCCAAUGGAAAGGAGGGAGACGGCCUCCACGCUAGAGGCCAGUGGGCCAGCAAGGCCGAGUUUCUCCUGGCGGUGGCGGGGCAGAUCAUCGGACUGGGCAACGUCUGGAGGUUUCCAUAUCUCUGCUACAAAAACGGAGGAGGUGUGUUCUUCGUACCCUACCUGCUGUUCCUGGUGCUGUGUGGGAUCCCCCUCUUCCUCUUGGAGACCUCACUGGGACAGUACACCAGCCUCGGAGGGGUCAGUGCCUGGAGGACUAUCUGUCCAAUAUUUGGAGGUCUGGGUUACGCCAGCCAGGUGAUGAUCCUGCACGGAUGCGUGUACUACAUCGUCAUCCUGGCCUGGGCGCUCUUCUACCUGUCCUACAGCUUCCAGGCGGAGCUGCCGUGGUCGCACUGCAACAACUCCUGGAACACAAAUUCCUGCGUGCUCUUCCAGCACCUCAACCAGAGCGCCAAUGGAAGCAGCCCGCUGGAGAACGCCACCUCCCCCGUCAUGGAGUUCUGGGAGCGGGAGGUGCUCCGUCUGUCGGACUCGCUGGAUGAGCUGGGUCCCAUCAGCUGGAAGCUGGCUCUCUGCCUGGCUGCCGUCUGGCUCAUCUGCUACUUCUGUGUCUGGAAGGGAGUGAAGUCCACCGGGAAGGUGGUGUACCUGACCGCCACCUUCCCCUACGUCAUGCUGUUCGUGCUGCUGGUGCGCGGCGCCACCCUCCCCGGAGCGACCCAGGGCAUCAUCUACUACCUCAAACCCGACGUCGCCCGCCUGGCAGACCCACAGGUAUGGAUGGAUGCAGGUACCCAGAUCUUUUUCUCUUAUGGAAUCUGCUUGGGAAGUCUCACAGCUCUGGGCAGUUACAACAAAUACAACAAUGACUGCUAUAAGGACUCCUUCCUGCUGUGCCUCCUCAACAGCGCCACCAGUUUCCUGGCGGGCUUCGCCAUCUUCUCAGUCCUGGGCUUCAUGGCUGAAGAACAGGGCGUGGACAUCGCCUCCGUGGCCGAGUCAGGACCCGGUCUUGCCUUCAUCGCCUACCCCAGAGCGGUGUCCAUGAUGCCCCUCCCCCAGCUGUGGGCCGUCUGCUUCUUCCUCAUGAUCAUCAUGCUGGGGCUGGACACUCAGUUUGUGAGUCUAGAGGCGCUGAUGACGUCGGUCACGGACCUGUACCCCCACCUGAUCCGCCGGGGGCGCCGCAGAGAGCUCCUGCUGCUGCUGGUGUGCAUCGUCUGCUUCCUGGUGGGGCUGGUCAUGGUCACGCCGGGGGGGCUCUACGUGUUCCAGAUCUACGACCACUUCUCCUGCAGCGGAGCCAGCCUGCUGCUGCUCUCCAUCUUCCAGUCGCUGGCUAUCGGCUGGGUGUACGGAGCCGAGCGCUUCAGCUCCAACAUCAGAGACAUGACGGGCUACAGCCCGCUGCCUGUUUUCAAGUUGUGCUGGAAGUAUUUGACCCCGGCCGUGUGCACUGCGACCUUCAUCUUCUCGUUGGUGCGCUGGUCUCCUCUGAGCCUCGGCAAAGGUCUGGUCGCUCCGGUCUGGGCCUCCACGCUGGGCUGGCUCCUCACCCUCUCCUCCGUCUCCCUCCUCCCCAUCUGGGCCAUCUACGCUCUGAUCACCACGCCGGGAGACCUGUCGCAGCGUUUCCAGCGUCUCUGCAGCCCCACCAAGAAGUCCUUCCACCACCUUUCCCCCAGCAGCCCGGCGCCGGCCUACAGCCCCGUGCUGUCCCUCAGCGAGAAGCCGAAGGAGAAGAUGGCAGCACUCAUCCAGGACCAGACCACAUGAAGAGGACGGCGGGAGACCGUUAGCAGGGCUGGACCCUGAUUCACCCGUUUUCCAACCAAAACCAACCGGCUGGUUAGCCCUCAGAGUCAUCCAACUUCUGUUUUUAGUCUAAACUGAUUCUUCUUUUCAAUCUGGACUCCAUUAGCUUAGCACAACGCAACACCGUCUGGAAGCAGCUCAGUGGAGGCGGAGCUCGAGGACUUCUCGUUUACCACCAGGUUCUUCUAGAAGUUAGUUCGUUGUAUCGCCGCUUUCCCCGUCUGUCGCAUCCUAUUUAUUUCUCCAAUCGGCGGCUGCCAUCGAGGACCACAGACCUGCAGCUCCAGCCGUCGCUUCGGUUUCCCCGUAUUCUCUCUGAGAGAGAAGCAGAGGUCGCCGCCUGCAUGUCUGCUGAGUGACUCCAUGAGUCGGACAUGUCGUGGAAGGUUUUUGUUAAUCGUGUCGUUCAAAUGGUUUAAAAACACAAAAAACGCUUUUUGAAUGUCUGCCGUUGAAAUGAGAGCGUUAGCUUCAUGCGUCACUCGCUGCCAAAAUGUUUUCAAACUGUUACUUCAGCAAAACAAUCCUUCGCUUUUUUGCAAACUUUGAAGCCAUUUUGACAAAAACUGACGGAUUCAUCGACUCUCUGAAGGGAAAACACCCAAAAAGUUAAAAAUGAAAAGCUUUCGAUCUUUUAUGUUAGAUAUAUUUUAUGAUACUGUAUGUUUAUGAGAAGAAAAAAAGUGCUUUUUUAACAAUCUGUGUAGAAUUCCAGUUAGAUUUCAAAUUGAUGCUGCUGCCUGGUAGAAAAAAAAGAACUCUUUCGUGCAUGAAAAAAAUGAAAAGGACAGAAUAUUUUGAUUUUAACAGAUCUUACGCAAUGAUAAUGUUUUAGGAAAAUAGAAGAAGUUCAUAAAUAAAUAUUCUGAAUUCUCAAGAAUGUAUUUAGGAGCUGACAAAUUGUAGUUUUUAAUCCUGGAGAACCCACAAGGUCAAAUUUAGCAGCUGUUUUUUUUAUUCAGUUUUAAGACCUGCAGCUUGGCGGCCAUUUUGGUUUUUCACAUUUAUACCACAAGAGAGCAUUUUCGAUUGAGCGAUUUUCACAAAAUUUCGCACACGUUCUGCCAGGUUAAGUCUACAACCACCUUCAAAGUUUCGUUGACCUUUGACCUUAAGAAGAGGGUAGCCGUCUUGAGUUCUAAAAAAAAACGAUCCCUUUUAGUACCAGCUAUAAAUUGAAACUCCUCCUAGGGAUUUUGAUCUAUCGCCUCCUAACUUCUCCAGCAUCAUUGGGAAGCUACUGAAUUUGUCGAUUUCAAGCGUGGCGACCUCGCAAAAGUGUCAUUCCCCUGUUUCUCACACAUUUUUUACCAGAACGUUGUGAAUAUGUAACAUACAAAUCCCUGGCUCAAGAUGAAAGCGACAAUGUGACAUAUGAUAUGAACAUAUUGGGUAUAUGGGCGUGUUUAGCUAAAAACCUCCGUUACUAAGGAAAUCCAAAAAUUUACUUUUUCCAAUUCUUCUAAAAAUUACAUAAACUUGUUUGUCAUGCCCAGACGACCAAAAAAUAAAAUGGUUGCUAGGGAGAUAAAUCAACAGGAAAGUCGCCAUUUUAAAAAAAGUGUGUUUUUAUGAAUUGGUCUGACCUGGGUGGCAAUGGGGGAGGGGAGCAGCUGCUCAGCCAGUGAGGGCGGGUCAAAAGGGGGAAGUGGAGGGGUGGUGAACACCUGGCUUUAAGUAUUUUAUUUUGGCUGCUUUCUAUUGCUACCACCCAAAACGAACAAACAAUAAAAUCUGUUAAAUUAAGAGUUCUUCAGGAUUAAACGAAAACAUUGAGCAUUUUAAAAUGGUUUUAAAAGAAAAUAUUGGGGGAGGAAAUGAAGCCGAAAUGCUUUAGAAGAAAACAUCAGCGCACAAACUGAUCGCUAUCAUGUGGUGCCUUUAUUAUUUAUUUUUUUAUUAGGAAAGCCAUCGUUCAUCAAAGAAAUGUGUUUGUUUUUGAAUGUUGUGGCAGAAAAAACUACAAAAAAAUUAUGUUUUUAUCAACGUCUUUCAGUGACUUCCUGAUUUACAACUCCUGAAAUUGCGUUUUUUCGUUUCAUUUUCCCCACACCAAGUCCUUUUCUUCCUCGGCGUCUCUGCAGAUUACAAAGUCAGAUUAGCAUCAGCUCGCCGCGCUGUACGUCGAGGACAGGAUGUACUGUACGCCGGGAUCCUUCAGGAACCCCGGCUCGUGGGAAACAUUUCUGGGGCGGGUGCGACGUGCGGACCGUGUUCAAGUGUCUGAAUCUACUCCCGGUCAUCCCUGUUUACAGGCUGAAUCAUGUGCCUCGUGUUUUCUAACGGGAAUUCUUCUUAUGUUUACAUUUGUGUGCAUGUGUACAUUAAACAAAUGAACUAUAA